CACGGUAUUGGGCUGAUUACGAGCUAGUUGGACGGGUAGGACCAUUUAGCAGCUAUUAUGCAAGAGGGUAGAAGUCAUUUUUGACAAAUUUGGGACAAGCAAAAGAACGUCAACUUCACUUCGAGAUCGGUGGGCUCGGCUAGGAGAAAAACCGGUAACAACUCUGGAUUGACAAGUGCCUGGUGACCUCUCUUGCACUCCUGCGCUUCUUUGCACCUGUGGAACCACCCAAAGACUUAAUGAAACUGGUCGAUUACGACUGCUCUCAAAUGCGCUCACCACAUCUGGCCAGAGCCAUUAGUGUGUUGGGUGCGCCAAACAAGGCUCUACGGAGUCUGGCAAGAAGAGACAGGGCAAUAAUUCUAGAGAAAAGGAUAAUUCAGUUUCCAGUACCCAUAAAUGACAUAAGUUACUAUUCACAUACACUGGGUUGACUUCCCUCAGUGCCAAGGGCAGUCAAGCUUGGCGCUGACGUUAGCUGUCAUAAUUAGGUCGGAACGAGUGUUGCAGCAAUGAUUUCAUACAAUUCUCAUCUAGUGACUAUCCGAUUUAUCACAUCAACCACAUCCAAUCAUAUCCAGCGCAGAACAAGAUACUGCUGCGUCGAAGACAUCACAUCUUGAAGGAUUGUGUCUAUGUUCAAGCCAUCAUUCAAGUCCUACUCCAACCAAUUUCGCAGCACCUUUAAUCAGAACAAAUCCAUGAAGUCUACCAAGCGAAAAGAUGACAAUUUGUACUAAGACGUUGCCUUAUUCUACCACCAAGACUCUUACGUGAUUCAUCGACCAGAAUAUCGCCC